AUGCCCUCGUGCCCGCACCGACUCUCGGGCUCCGCUCCGCCCGGCCGUGCCCCCGCGCGGCGCCGCCGCUCCCACCGCCCGCCCGGGCCGGGCUCUCCCGGCAGCGCCGCCCCGCGGGCGGGGCGGGCCGGGCCCGGGGCGCUGCGCUCGGUGUGCGGGGCGGGGCGGGAGCCGCAGCACCUCCGUGGGAGCGGCCGCGGGACGCGCUGCCCGCAGCAGGUGCCGCUCGCCCGCCAGUCCGGCCACCCCCGCGGGCUCCCGGCAUCCGAACCGCGCGGAGGCGGCAGGAGCGGAGGCGGCUCCGCCACCACCACCUGUGGCGGCGGGAUGGCGGAGCUCGACAUCAGCGAGGAGGCAGUGAUGGGCUUCCUGAGGGAGCGCGGCGGGCGGGUGCGCAACACCGAGCUGGUGAGCGCCUUCCGGCCGCUGCUGGAGGCCGCCGGGGCCGGGGAGGCGGAGGGGCGGGCGGCGCGGCGGGAGCGGUUCAAGGCGGCGGUGAACGCCGUGGCCACCGUGAAGGAGACCGACGGCGUCAAGUUCGUGGUGCUGAAGCGGCAGUUCCGCGCUGCCCCGCCGGCGGGGGGCGAUGGCGGCGCCCCUGUCCCCGUUGCCAUCCCCGAGCCGGUUCCCGUCCCCGAGCCGGUUCCCGUCCCCGAGCCGGUUCCCGUCCCCGAGCCGGACCCCGCCGAGACGCCCCCCGAGGAGCCGCCGGGGCCGCGGGCCGUGGCCGAGCUGCGGGGCCUGUUCCAGGGCGGCGGCGGCGGGGUGCCCCUGCCCGGGGGCGCGGCGGGGGCCCGGCGGGAGCCCCCGCCCAAGCCCUGCAUGCUGCCCGUGCGCUGCGUGCCGACCCCCGCCGCCCCGGGGCCGCCCGAGUCGGCCGCCAGCCCGCUGUCCCCGCCGCCGCUGGACGAGGAGGCCGGGUCCCGCUCGCCGGGGCUGCGGAGGGGGCCCAAGAACCACCGGGCCAGCGAAGACACCGUGGUGCCCCUGGAGCAGGCGGAGCACCAGUGGCUGGUGCUGGCGGCCGACGGGCAGUGGACGCAGCAGCUCCACGGGCUGCUGCUGGGCGACGCCAGCCUGGCGGCUCGCAAGGACUUCAUCUCCGGCUUCACCGCCCUGCACUGGGCCGCCAAGAACGGCAACUGCGACAUGGUGACCAACAUCAUCCGAGCGGCCGAGAAGGGCGGCGCCCGCGUCAAUGUGGAUGCCAGGUCGCAUGGUGGGUACACGGCGCUGCACCUGGCUGCCAUUCACGGCCAGGAGAAGAUCAUCAACAUGCUCGUCUACAGCUACCAUGCCAAGAUUGACCUGAGGGACUACAGUGGGAAGAAGCCACACCAGUACCUAAAGGAAGGGACAUCCCUUACAAUUAGGCGUUUGCUGGGGGACCCCAGCCUUUCCCAAAACAUGGAACACUCCGUGCCCAUCAAGAAAUCUACAAAGCUUGCGGCUUCAAUCUUGAGCUCCACGAGCACUUUCCUGGGAGUCAUAUCCGAUGACAUGGCUUUCUAUGAUCUCACCAAAGGUUUAAGGAGGCCCUCAACUUUAAACAAGCUUCUGACUGCCACUACGGGCCCGAGGAGGAAGCCAAAGAUCAGAGGGGGCUUCCCUUCGUAUUCCUCACUCUCUGAGGUAGCAGAGGAGGAGGAAGAGGUUGUCGUGAAGCGCAGACCCGUUUCUGAGCUGUUCUUUGGCCACUAGCCUCUGCCUUACUGUGAUCAAAAUGGUUUAACAGCACGGCUGCUGUCUCAGCUUUCUCUUGCAGAAGCAGUUUGGAUUUUUUUUGUCUCUGUGUCUGUCUUUUUGGAUUUUUAACUGAAUCAGUGAUAGGGUCCCCAUCAAAAGGCCACAGCAUGAAACCCAGCCCCAGGUGCCUGUGGAAAGGGAGCUGCCAGAAAGUGCUAUCCAUGCUGUAUGUACCAUCGGGCUGAUCUCUUGGUGGAGACCACAAACUUUAUACUUAAUGGUUGAAAAACUGAAACAGCUUGUGUGUGUGUGGACAGGUCAGAAUGCCUGAGGUACAGCCUUCUUGAUCUGUGUUCUUCAGCUGGAGAGCAGAAGCAAGAUGAAGGAUUGCAUAUUUUACACUGUGAACAGCAAGCUGGUAGCUGGCUACUUUAACAAGGCUUGUUAUCUAAUGGGAUUAAAUUAUCAGAGGAAAGAUGCAUAGUUUUCUAUGAUGUUUCUGAUUAUUUUGGUAGUAGAAGAAGGAUAUUUCUAUUUACAAAAAUUGUAUACUUUUUCAAAACAAAGUUUCUCACUUUGAGAGCUUCUCACUCAGUAUUUCACAU